AGACCGACUCCCGACCCAGACCAGAACAUCACUGACCGACCUGAAGACUAGCUAGCUGUUUAUCCCGGAAAACCGGACAGCUCAGGGUUCAAUUCCACCAUGAGAGACUACUCGGCCACUCCGAGCAAUGGAGGGGCUUGCAUGUCGUGCUGCCAAGUUUGCGUCUUCUUCUUUACCGCAUUUCUCCUGGUUGCAGAGAGGACGGCGCUGAUCUACUGCUUUGUGUACUAUCUGUGGAUCGGUCACAACUACUGCUAUGGCUAUCUUGCCGGCUUCACCGCACUGUUCCUGCUGCCAGGUUGGGGUCCCCAGUGGCUCAGUUAUCUGUGGUACCUGUCAGAUGGACAAAUACGCAGGAAGUCUCUUACCUGGACACACAUACUGCACCUGGGUCUUUUCAAAAGGCUGUGGGAGUGCAUGCAUCUGCCAGAUGAGGAUGUGUACGGUGAGAUCAUGCAGCAGGCUGAUGCAUCUGCCUUACGUCUGUUUGAAGCCUUGGUUGUCACCCUCCCCGAGACACUGCUCCACGCUUACGUGCUCAUCUGUACUGAUAUAGGAGUCAAAUCUCCAGCCUCAGUGUGUUUUGCAGUGUGUUUGCUUUCUCUUGGAUGGGCCUUAGUGCUCUAUGCCAGAGCUUGUUCACUCAUCAGACCAGGACACUUACAAAUGACACCAGCUGCCAUUCUCUGUCGACUACUGUGGAGGGUCAGUAUGUUGGGAUCCAGGUUUGCCAUUCUCAUGCUCUUUGCACGUAUCUUCAAACAGUGGGUACUGGGGGUCAUCGGUGUGCAUUGGCUGGGUGCAACUUUCUGGAUGGUGUCCCAGCAGACAGACAUCAUAAGAUCAACAAGCCGAUGGAGACUCUUCAAUCUUGUUCUGGGAGCUAUUCACAUCUUCCUCUUCCUCAAUGUGAAGUACGGUCAAUCCAGAUACCGCAUGGCUGGGUUCUAUCUGGUCAUGUUCCUAGAGAAUGCUUUUCUUCUUCUGGCCUCCUCCUGGUUGUUCGCCAUGGUGUCCUGGGACACUGUGGGCAUCCCGGCUGCCGUGUUAUGCAGCUUCCUCAUUGGAGUGAUAGCUUUGGUGCUGUACUAUCGUUUCCUCCAUCCAAAGUCUUUUGAGAUCUUCCAGAGUAUUCGUCACAGGGGGAUAACCGGGGCCUGCAUGGAGCGUGGAUCUACACUCUCAUUAGAGGAGAAAGUCACGCCCACUUUCCAUCGGCAUGCAACACUGUCUGGAGGUGGGACACUCAUGGACCUUCCUAUUCAAUGGGAGGGCUGGAAGCAUCACCACUGGCUGCUGAUUCGCUUAGCUCUGAAGACGGGGGAUGUUUCAAGGAUCUGGUCUGCGUAUGGUGAGGGGGGACUGGCUGGACUGAUGGGUCUGUCUGAAGAAGUUCACUCUCCUGAUGAACCUUGUGUCCAUCGGAUUCCACCAGUUCAACCACAGGUGUCUCAGAGCUCACAACCAGCUCUUCAACCAUCUCCUCAACCUGCUCCUCAACCUCCUGCUCCUCCACUGGCUCCUCCACAGACUUCACAGGUGAGAGAGGUGGUCCAGCCACCAAAACCAGCUCACUCCACUAUAGUGGCCCGACCGGUGAGAAAAGCUCCUCCAACAACAAUCCAAGAUAUGAGAAGGUUUCCAGAGAUCAUCCCAGUCCAGGAAGUCAUUCUUGAAGAAACUGCAGAAGAAGACUCCAGCGCUGCACAUUCAGGGGAAAAAGGUGAUGAGGAGUUUCAGAGUGCUGCUUAUGGCUCGCCAUCACUUUCGUCACCUCAACAACCAGGAAGCCUCCGCCACAUCGACAGCAAUCAGGCGUCUCUGACUGAGGCCUCAUCAUCGGUGGGUUCUCUAGACAUCAAGACACCCGGCUGGUCACCCGAGAGACGUUCCCCUCUCCUGAUUGGUUCCCCAGAGAAAAAACCAGGGCUUCCUGGAGAAUCAACCACUACCCUGUAUUUCAGUGCAGAUGCGCAGUCUCCCUCCAGUGGGAGCUAUCUCGGCUGGGGCUCAGAGUUGUCACCCAUCUCCAGUUAUCGAAGUCCCUAUCGGAUCAGGGAGGCCCGUUUUGUCACAUCCACGCCCCGAUUGGAGCCCCGAGCUGAAAGUCCAGGCCCGUCCCCCGUCGUUGUCAUUCCUGCCACUCCUGGUACAACACCAGGUGCUACCCCAGGUGGGACCCCUAGUGCUUCAACUCCCGCAGGAUCAACUCCUGUAGCUUCAUCUCCUGUCGCUUCAACUCCUGCCACUUCAACUCCUGGCGCAACUACACCUGGUACGCCCAUUGUUCCUCUCACUCCAGUCAUUUCCCAUGCUCGCAAACAGAUGGUCCAGUUUGUGGACAGCAGAGAGAGGGCAGUGUAAUGAGGAUGGAGGUACCCAGGUAAAGAAAACCCUGGGUGGGGGGAUGGUGUAUUUUCCAGUUUUGCUGUUCUCAGCAUUAGAAUCUUUUAAGUUAAUUUAAACCCUGUCAGAAGUAUAGUAUUGCUAAUAUUUUUGCCCUUGUGUGCAGCUGGAGAGAAAUUUAAGCACAGAAAAUGUAUCACACUUACCAACAUCUAAGGGGACAACCCUUCGAUUUUAAUAGCAGAACCCCUGGAUUUUUAUUUAUGUAUCCUCCUAUGCAGGCCAUCACACAAAAUUGCAGAAACAUUUUAAACUAAUAUAUGUGAGGGGAUUAGCUGAAAUUUCCCUAUUUGCAUAUUACAGAUUACAGAAAAGUAUCCACAGUAAGAUUAGAUCAGGAUUGCUCCUCAAAAUAAAACAAUUUCAUGGGUGCUAAUGAAUGUGGAGCAUCACUUCCAUUCAUUUAGAUAAAUCUUCAAACCAAACUUUUAACUAUUAGAGCAUAACCAUGAUAACAGAAAACCUACACCUAAGUGUCAGCUGAUGUUAACUGAGAUAAAAUGUAAAAGAAAUCAAAUGAAGUGUUAUGAUGAGGAAGUAACUAUGGCUUGAACAAAUGCAUCAGUUAAAGCAAUGUUACCGAGCUACAGGAUGGAUCCUUUUAACCAAAAAAAAAAGCCCAAAAUGACCAGUUUACAAUAACCCAACAUGCUGUCUGCCAUGCUGCUGUGCAGAAUUUCUUAUAAUGUCACACAGCAAUGCAAAAGUUUUUAAUGAUAAUUAACUUAGCUUCAGGCCAACAUUCACAUUUCUUGACAUUAUCACACUCUGUUUCUUUGCUUUCUUUCUUUUUCCUUUUGUUUUGCUAAAUGCUAUUGAUAUUGAACAUCUUGUUCAUUUUCUCAGAAAACUGCUAAUUAUUCAGUCAGUCACUAAGUUAUAUUUACAGUAAAAUACAUAUUGGUGUUUACAUACAUCACAUACACACUGUGGCCAGAAAUUAACAAUUGCAAAAUAAUACAGUCAGUAUACACUCCCCUCCCAAAGCAUUGGAACAGUGAGGCCAGUCCCUUUAUUUUUGCUGCAGACUGAAAACAUUUGGGUUUGACAUUAAAAAAAAAAAAUCAAUCUGAGACAAAAGAUCAACAUCUCAGCUUUUGCUUUCCAGGUAUCUGGAUCUGAUACACAGUUUAGAUGAUCGCUCUUUUUAACUAAGUUAUACCCAUACAUUUCUUUGGCAUCGUAGCUCCAAUACUUUUGGAAGGGAGUGUAUUUUAUACUUACUGAAAUGAAAGUGUGUAUACACAUGUACAUAACAGUACACACACACAUAUAAAUGCAUGUAUAUAUCUGUGUGUAUACCUUCCUUUGUUUAUUUACUUUGACUGCAAUAAUUUCAAACAGAAGGUACAGCUUAACUUUAUUUUUAGGCAACUAACUGCUUGUAGCAUUAUAUUUUUGCAAAGUGUACUACAGUUAUAAGAUGGAAAUUCAUCAGAGGGAGCAGAAUUGAAUAAAAAUAUUAAAGGAGUGAAGUAACUAUUAUUAAAAGAUGUUUCUUUUAUUAAAUGCAUUUAAUUUUUCUUACAUUUUUUAUAACCUGUUUUUGUGUUUUAGUAAUCAAAUAUUUGAUAUCAAAAUGUAUAUUUUAUGUGCUGAUUAUGACAGCAGUUUUUGGGCUCUGACUAAUGCAUAUUCUUUCAGGCUGAUGAAAGAUGGGAAGUGUAUGACUGAUGAUAAGGUAUGUGUGAGUACGACACAAGAUAAGGAACUGCAGUAGCAUCAUUUACCCGUUCUGUGCACGGUCAACAAUAUAUUUUCUGGGUCAGGGUUAAACAUGCAUGGUGUACUUCCUAACAUUCAGAUUAAUACAAGUUCUUAAGUUUUACAUUUUAAAUCUUAAAUCUUGCUUCACUGCCUACUUACUAACUGGUAUAAUAUUAUAUGUGCUGUGUACCGUGGAAUAUGUUCGAAAUGCACAUCACAUUACGCUUUUCUGAAACAAAUUAAAUUAGUUCACAAACCUUGUUAGCUCAGACCACUGUGUUCUGAAAUUACACUGCGUUGCAGCACUAAAAAUAGUUUUUAAUCUGGUCCUAUAGCUCUUGAGUCACUCCUUAGUCUGUCCAUUGGUUAAACCACCUACCUCAAUAAAAGUGAACUUCUGUGUUGCAGUAUCAUUUUAAAACCUUUAAUAAUGAAGCUAACAGAAGAAGAAAAAUUAGCCGUGGCACAGUCAAAAGAAAUGAGAAAUUAUGCGCUGCUAUUAGUCUGAAGUGGUCGGUACCUGUAUUUACGUCAUAAUAUGAAAACUAUAUGCAAAGCUGAAAUGUAAUCGCAGAACGUGAUAUUUGACAAUGUAAGUCUUCCGUGUGAGUUUAUCUAUUUUUCAGUUUUUACUGUGCUGCGUUACUUUAUUUCUUUGUUUCUAAACAAAAUAACUGAAUGGUAGAAACCAUAAGGUCUGUAUCUGUAAUGAGCAGGUAAAGAAAAGGUUUUGCUGCUUGUGUUUGAAGGAGCAGAAACACAGGCAGCACUUUAAGAUACUGUGAAACUGAGUUUAUGGAACAAAGCCAAGACUUUGGGACUCGCUUUUGGUAGAAACUGCUUUUUUCAAACUGAUGUCCAGCUUUCUGAUAGAUAAGUCACUGCAUGUUACUCAUUCAUACAGGCAGACAGAGAGUUGUAUCUACUCCCAUAGAGAAAGAAAGCACUUACAUUACUUAUUUACUUUAACUGCACAUUACAGUUUUUAACACAUGCUAGAAUGUAUGUGUACGCAACAGCAAUAAGCUAGCUAAUGAAUUUAGUGCACUUAUGAAAAGAAAUAUCCACAAUCAUGCUUUAAAUGCAUCAGCGCUUUGCCUUGUAGAAAGACAGAUUUAGCGGCCAUGCUUGCCUCAUCUGUGUAUAUUGCUUUAAAAUAGAAUAACAUGCCUUGCUUUGUGUACCUGAUGUAUAUGAUAAUAUCUACUUGUGUUUCUAAUUUGAUUCAUUUUGUACUUUUAAAAAGUUCUUUUAUAUUUGAUCACGUUUACUGUUCAUGAAAUGUCUGGACAAGGUCUUGUGUUAAAGUUUGAAGAUGUUUAGAGAGCAGAUUGUUAUCACUGACAGACUUGAAUUCGUUUGCUGAGUCAUUGUAACCUCGUCACCUUGUCACCAGAUGACCUCCUUUCAUCAGUACGCAUCACCUGCAAGGAUUUCCACAGAGCAGCUGUGGAUAGUAGUGACUUAUUAAGUGUGCUAUUGAUGUGACAAAAAUAAAGUCAUUUGCCAUGA